GUGUGUGUCUCCAUCAGAGACGCGCCGGCCAGCCAUAUAGCUAUAGCGAGAGCGGAGCGCGAAGCACCACAUUCCCAUCGGGAAUCCGCCGCCUCGGGCUUCGCCGCAAUCCUACGCUAACUCAACGCCGCACCAGAUUCACGCUCGCUCUAGCUAGCUAGCUACAAACUCCCAGCCGCCUGGCCGGAGGCGGACGGCCAGCCGCCGCUCUCGCUACCAUCAGCGGCAAGUAGCCGCGCGCACAGCUAGAGAUCGAUCGCGAUCGUGAUCGUGACCGCGCGCGGCCGGUUGACUGCCCUACUGCUCAGCGUGUGGACAUAUCGAUUGGCCGGCGGCGCCCGGAUCGACGACGGGAGGGAGAUAUCGUCGUCAUGUUCGAGGGGAUGGAUCGGGCGGGCUACGGCGUCGGCGUCGGCGGCGCGGGGGCGGUGGGAGCCGGGGUGGUGCUGUCGCGGGACCCCAAGCCGCGGCUGCGGUGGACGCCCGACCUGCACGAGCGCUUCGUCGAGGCCGUCACCAAGCUCGGCGGGCCUGACAAGGCAACUCCCAAGUCGGUGUUGAGACUGAUGGGCAUGAAAGGGCUUACUUUGUACCACCUCAAGAGCCAUCUUCAGAAAUAUAGGCUUGGAAAGCAGAACAAGAAAGAUACAGGCCUGGAAGCCAGCAGAGGAGCCUUUGCUGCACAUGGCAUCAGUUUUUCCACUGCAGCACCUCCUACCAUUCCAUCGGCCGAAAAUAACAAUACAGGGGAAACACCACUGGCGGAUGCAUUGAGGUAUCAAAUUGAGGUCCAAAGGAAACUGCACGAGCAGCUCGAGGUUCAGAAGAAGCUUCAAAUGCGAAUUGAGGCCCAAGGGAAAUACCUGCAAUCGAUACUAGAGAAAGCCCAAAAUAACCUCUCCUACGAUGCAACUGGAACUGCAAAUCUUGAAGCAACCAGAACGCAGCUUACAGAUUUCAACCUAGCUCUUUCAGGGUUCAUGAACAAUGUUUCGCAGGUGUGCGAACAGAACAAUGGGGAACUAGCGAAAGCGAUAUCUGAAGACAAUCUCAGAACUAGCGAUCUAGGCUUUCAGCUCUACCAUGGAAUUCAGGAGUCUGAAGAUGUCGAAUGCUCUCAAGAUGAAGGCUUACUGCUGCUAGAUUUGAAUAUCAAAGGAGGAUAUGAUCACCUGUCCUCCGGCGCCAUGCGAGGCGGCGAAUCCGGUCUGAAGAUCAGUCAGCACAGGAGGUAAACAUA